AUGGUUUCACUACUCCCGCCUCAGUCUGACAUCGCACUGCCGGGCCCCACCAGACUGGAAGGGGAGCCGCAAGGGGACCUGAUGCAGGCUCCGGGCCUCCCUGGCUCCCCUGCCCCACAGAGCAAGCAUGCCGGUUUCAGCUGCUCAUCAUUUGUGCCUGAAGGCCCUCCCGAGAGGGCACCCUCGUUGCCCCCACACAGCCCAAGCAUUGCAUCACCAGGUCCUGAGCAACUCCAGGGUCACUGCCCAGCUGGCUCUGCCCUGGGGCCCUUCCGACUCUCACCCUCAGACAAGUAUCCUGGCUUCAGCUUUGAAGAGGGCCCAGCGAGCAGCCCUGGGCUCUUCCUCAAGGGCAACCACUUGCCUUUCCACCCGUACAAGCGGCAUUUCCACGAAGACAUCUUCCCAGAGGCCCAGACUGCCCUGGCCCUUGAUGGACACUCUUUUAAGACCCCGGGGUCCCUGGAGGCCUUUGAGGAGAUCCCCGUGGAUGUGGGGGAGGCCGAGGCCUUCCCGCCUGGCUUUGUGGCAGAGGCCUGGUGCAAUGGACUCCCUUAUCCCGGCCAGGAGCACAGCCAAGUCCUGCAGGGGUCAGAGGUCAAGGUCAAGCCCCCAGCUCUGGAGAGUGGUCCUGGAAUGUACUGCUACCAGCCCCCUUUGCAGCACAUGUACUGCCCCUCCCAGCCACCCUUCCACCAGUACUCACCAGCUGGUGGCAGCUACCCUGUUCCCUACCUGGGCUCCUCUCACUAUCCAUACCAGCGGAUUGCACCACAGGCUAGCGCUGAUGGGCACCAGCCGCUCUUCCCCAAGCCCAUCUACUCCUACAGCAUCCUCAUCUUCAUGGCCCUUAAGAACAGUAAAACUGGAAGCCUUCCUGUGAGCGAGAUCUACAAUUUUAUGACAGAGCACUUCCCUUAUUUCAAGACAGCACCUGAUGGCUGGAAGAAUUCUGUCCGCCACAACCUAUCCCUCAACAAGUGCUUUGAGAAGGUAGAGAACAAAUCUGGAAGUUCUUCUCGUAAGGGCUGCCUGUGGGCCCUCAAUCCAGCCAAGAUUGACAAGAUGCAGGAGGAGCUGCAGAAGUGGAAGAGGAAGGACCCCAUCGCUGUGCGAAAAAGCAUGGCCAAGCCAGAAGAGCUGGACAGCCUCAUUGGAGACAAGAGGGAGAAGCUGGGCUCCCCACUGCUGGGCUGUCCACCCCCCGGGCUGGGAGGCACAGGCCCCAUCAGGCCCUUGGCACCCCCACCUGGGCUCUCUCAGCCACUGCAUUCCAUCCAUCCAGCUCCAGGCCCUGUUCCUGGCAAGAAUCCCCUGCAGGACCUACUUGGGGAUCAUUCACCCCCCUGCUAUGGGCAGACAUACCCUCACCUCUCACCUGGCCUGGCCCCUCCCGGACCCCUGCAGCAACCACUGUUCCCGCAGCCAGAAGGGCACCUUGAGCUGCGUGCCCAGCCAGGCACCCCCCAGGACUCACCUCUGCCUGCCCACACCCCACCCAGCAACUGUGCCAAGCUGCUGGCUGAGCCUUCCCCAGCCAAGACCAUGCCUGACACCCUACUGCCAGAUGGAGACCUUGGUACUGACCUGGAUGCCAUCAACCCCUCUCUCACUGACUUUGACUUCCAGGGAAACCUGUGGGAACAGCUGAAAGAUGACAGCUUGGCCCUCGAUCCCCUGGUACUGGUGACCUCGUCCCCAACAUCAUCCUCCAUGCCGCCGCCCCUGCCACCACCUCACUGCUUCCCUCCAGGGCCUUGUCUGGCAGAGACAGGCAGUGGGGCAGGCGAAUUGGCAUCACCAGGCAGUGGGAACUCCGGAGGCCUGGGAGACCUGCCCCUCACCACCCUCUACUCGGCCUUCAUGGAGCUGGAGCCCACACCCCACACGGCCCCUUCUGGCCCUGCUGUGUACCUCAGCCCCAGCUCCAAGCCCAUGGCCCUGGCAUGAAUUGUGCUCAACAUCAGCUCCAGCCUUUGCUUGGUCUGGAAGUCCCUGCUGGUCGCCCAUAUCGGGCUCACCUUGAAGGUUAAGGAAGGAAGGACCGAGGAUUUAGCUCAGUGGCA